UGUGGACUCGUAGGGUACCAAUUCUCGGCGUUAAGGAACGGCGAGCAGUGCUGGUGCUCAGAUUCACUGGACAUGAGCAGCAUAGUCGGGGAGCCACAAUGCAACGAGCCGUGCACGGGAAACAUUGUCUUGCGUUGUGGAGGGCGGGAAUCUUACAGUGUUUACCAAGCUUUGGGGAAUUACAAUUUUUCGUUUGAGGUGACAGUGCCGGAAAGCACGUUCGUGUACGAAAGGAUUACCGCUACAUAUUCCAGUUACCCAGGCGCCUCCUACACGCUGGAUUUUGGCGAGGAUGUUGUGUUCACCACACAGAACACGUCGGUGUCCUACAUUUACCACACAGAUGGCCAACAUAGCGGUUAUGGCCGCGUCCUGCUGGGGGAAUAUGGAGAAGCUCAAACGAAGUUCACUUCAUGGGCGGUGAACGUUCACUCUCGUGCGGCUCAUUUUGAACUCAACUGUCCACCAGCCGUUGAGGCAAAUGAAGAGUUUCAUUGUCCUGUCAAAGUCUACCAAGGAUCCAACAUGCAUCUCGAUAUCCAAUUCACCGGUGGAAACUCAUAUACAACACCUUUAGACGAUGCUAUUUCUAGACUUGUGGGAGAGAAUUUUCAAAUCGAAGCCAGAAGUGCUCUGAGCCAGUCCUCGAACAAAACAAUACUAAUCCCCAGCUACAGGUUUGAAGAAGAUGGCAAGUUGAUGGGAUGGAGAAUUUGUUCGCAGACCAGCGGCUUCGUUUCCCUACAGGCAUUCAGACCGGUUUGCGGUAAAGGGACAUACAAUAAAUACUGUUAUUCGAACAGCAAAUGUGCUAUUAACCUGACACCCUGUGCUAAUCUACAUGCCUCUACAUGCACGAGUAGCCAGGUGUUUUCCACCGCAACGGGCACGUGCACUGACGAAAACAUGACGCCCCAAUACAUGCCGAGCGCAGCUCUGGGCGAGAAGUACGAGCUAGUUAUAGAAAGUCAUGUCUUCCUCUCCAAGCCUGGAUGUCAUAUUUUUCAGUUUGAUGACGUCAAGAACUGCACAGAUGUAAAGGAGGGAGAUAUCCUAGGGUUUACCUAUUAUGGACAAGGAUUUGCUGAGAUAACGUCUCGGAAUUCUGGGGACAGUCGGAAGAUGAAUGCCACAGCAUUUACUUUUGGCGAUUUACAGCCUAGCCUUGGUUCGAUUAUCACAACCGCUUCGAAUUCUCCAAGUGAAUCACAAAUCCAGUAUGCGAUUGCAGCAAUUCAACAACUUCCCUCGCUGUUUUGGUUUACUCAUAACUACUCCAUCGGUAGUUAUAACGAGGAAGCUACAGUCCGCGGUCCACACAAUACCUUAAAAGACACAACAACAAUCGUUGCUACUGAAGGGGUGGCCAAUGUAACUUGGACAACGCCUAAAGCUGUAGCUACGAAUGCCACUUAUACUAUCACAAUACAUCCUCACAAAGGUUAUAAUGUCACUUAUGUUGUGGACUUUGGCGCCGGGAAGAACAACACCAUGCAGAAAAUUCGUCUGGAUACCGAUCUGCCGUCCAGCUAUGUAUAUCAUGCGAGCGGUUCUUACAGAAUUUCUCUGUACGUUAUCAAUAUGAUGUCGUUUCAGAUAAAGGCCUGUUAUGUGACUGUUCAAGAUAUCGUCCUAGGGGAAUAUACCGUGAUAAUCAACGUGUCGAACUGGGUUUCCAACGCGUCUAUUGAAGACAUGGCUGUUGUGGAAUUGCCGCUGAAAGGCGUGACAUGUAACGUCAUCCAUGCUAAUAGGGACAUCGAAGUGAAUGAGACCGUGACCGUUGAAAUAACAGUCUCCCAAGGAACCAAUGCUGACUUUUUUAUUGACUUUGGAGACGGUUCGGUUACUACAACCCGAGAACUAAGAGUUCAGCAUUCGUAUUCGUACUAUGCCUUCUUCAAUGUUAGUAUUUCAGCUUAUAAUAACGUGAGCAGAGAGAACGCAUCCCAAGAGAUUCAAGUUCACAAGCCAGUUAAGCCACUGAUCGGGUUCAACGUCACCUGCCCUCACACUAAUUUAACUGACAACGUGCCCUGUAUGCUCAACAUCACAGGAGGAACGGACUUCAGGUGCACGUGGAAUUGGGCGGACCACACAACCAGUGAAACUCAUGUCGUGGAUCUUGGAAAUUUCACGUAUCACAACUACAGCGCUGUGGGGCAUUAUAACGUUGCUUUAAAUUGUACCAAUCGCUUGUACAACACAACCGCAGAAACCACAGCGAUCGUUGAGGUUCCAAUUCUUGGCUUCAACGUUGAUGACCCAAUUGCCAAACCUUUUCAAAAGGAUUUCACGUUGACCUGGCGUACCGUUUCAGGUACCGACGCCAUCUAUAAUCUAACCUUCACGCACGUGAUCGAUGGGGCUUCCUUCAAUGUGACAGACAUCACCACGUCUAAGGAUAAGACCUCCGGAUCGGCUGUCAUAACUUCAGACAUGAUGCCCUUACUUGGCUUUUACGAGCUCAUGGUGACAGCUAUCAAUUACGUCACUCCACGUCAAACCAUUUGUCUAACCGUCAUGAUUGAUGUUCCAAUAACUACGCCAGUUCUAACCCGUGCCAGUAAGUUUGUGGAGGUGCACAUAGAGACAAACUUCUCGUUUAGUUUAAAAGCUGGGUCUAACGUAAGCCUGUGGUGGAAUUUCACCGAUGGUUCACUGGUUAUACAACAAAACUACCUAGGACCCUUCCCUGUCGACGGCAUGACUAUUGAACACACGUUUCAUGACGAGGGCGAAUACAUAGUUCACCUUUUUGGUAAUAACAGCGUCAGUAACUUUACCAGUGUUAUCCCUGUUUUCAUACAAAACCCACCUAAUUUAACCCUCACGUCGAACAGCCCACAAGAGAUUCCACUGGGAACGAUCACUUUUACGAUUGCUGUUAAGCCGGGAGAAGAACCCCCAACUGAUGCAAACUACACUGUGCAUUAUGGCGAUGGGAGCACGUCCGCGGAUCAGCCUUUUUCCGCUCCUCUUGUGCUGCAAAACAGCUAUCAAGACCACGGCGCCUAUGUCAUGAAUAUCACCGUAGCCAAUCAAGUACAGUUCGCCUUCUUAGAGACUGAAGUCGAAGUUCAAACACCAAUAGCAGGUUUACAAACUUUUCUUGUUCAUACUGGACCCGAGGAGGAAGAAGGCAAGCCGGGGAAAGGUCCUGGGAAUACAUACUUUCCAAAUGACUUUCCAGUCAUGUUUAGCACCUCCAUUAGAAACGGGACAAAUGUCUCUUACUUCUGGGACUUCGAUGAUGGAGAAAGUGUAACCACGGUGAACACUUCCCUGAAUCAUACUUUUAAAGACCCUGGAAGGUACGAGGUCAGGCUUAUUGCCGAAAAUGCUAUCAGUCGUAACAUCACAACUAGAGUCGUCAACAUGCAGCGUAUGAUAAAAAUUAGCACAUUCCAAACGGAUGGAUCUCAAACUCUGGGAAAACUUAUUUCAUUUGAGGUUGUUCUUGACGAAGCUGGAACUGACUCGUGCUUUUUUGUGAACAUCAGUGGCUACAAACUCAUGAACUUUAAAAAUUCCAAAUCCUGUCCUUCAGCUUGUGGUGAAGCAAGUUCAAAGGGGACAGUCUGGAGUAAUCCUAAAAAAUUCUCCUGGACACAGGAGUGUGUUAAGGUUGGAGUAUUAAACGUGACUGUCACUGCGUGCAAUCUGGUCCACACUAUCGUCAAACGAGGGGAAGGGGUGUGUACACAAAAGCAAUGCAAAUUCCCUAAUGUGACCAUGAAAACUAAUUUGGUUGGACAAAGCCCAGAAAACGCGGUGGGGUACCCUAAAAAGAAAGGGUUCAAGAUCAGCAACGUCAUAACUCUGGACUGCGAAGCAACAGACCAGACUGAAUUUCAUUGGCAGGUUAAUAAAAUGGAGACCUCCUCCAAGGAGAGGAGUGUUUCUGUAGCGACGACUAUUUCAUUGACUGCUCCAAGCCUGGACGUUCCCGCCAGAGGGAUUUCAGAGUAUGGAGUAUUCCGUCUCAUUUUCAGCGUGGCUAUGGUCAACGUAACAGGAGUCGUCAGCUUUUCCUAUGGUUACAUCAAAAUUGAAGCAUCUGACAUUGAAGCAGUAAUAGAUCAGGGAACAUCCAGAGCAGUGGGGCAAGGGAAAGAUACAACAGUCAGUAGCCUAAAGACCAGUGAUCCAGACGAAGUGUCGAAUAGUCCAAGUGACUUCCAAUUCUGUUGGUUCUGCGCUAAGAAAGGAAGCUACGAUCCUGGCCUGCUGGAAAACUGCACCCAGCUUGACGCCUACCCCUUAAUUCCAAUUCCAAUAUCUGAUUCGGGUAACGAUACCAACAGUACGUCGACCGAACUUGAUGAAGAUGGCUGCUUUGGAUAUCCAAAGGGAAGACUGAAUACAUCUGAGCCAAGUAUUACAUUUAACACGCUCAGGAUGGCAGCCUUCACGGACUACGAAGUGUGUGUUCAAGUCGGCAAAGAUACCAGGAAAAGUACUGCUUGCAUUACUCUGCAAAUGACUGCUGGAGACCCUCCUGAAGUGGCGAUUACCUGUUCCAAGCAAGCUCCAAACUGUGGCAGGAAGAUAAACCCAUCGGUAAACCUGAAUUUAAUUGGAAACGCUGAUUGCGAUUUAUGCGGUGAUCAGACUGCUGUCGCAUAUCUGUGGAUAAUAUCUGUAAAAAAUGGUGAUGACUAUGUUGAUGUUUCAAAUCCAGCCGCAAUGGUGGCCACCCCUCUCGACGGCAAAACCCUUGCCGUAAAGCCUGACAAGCUUAAAGGGGGAAAAACUUAUAAAUUCCGCUUGGAAAGCUGGGUUAUAUCAACCAAAAAACAAGUGUUCGGAUUUGCAGAAUAUGAAAAAGAGGUUAAUAUGCCGCCACAAAAUGGUCGGUGUGAUGUCUUUCCAAAGCAGGGUUUCGCCUUACAACCCGACUUCAGAAUCACUUGUUCCGGAUGGUCUGACGAUACUAAACUGAUCUACAGUGUAACAGCCAGUGUCGAGACUGGUCAAGCAGAACUUCCUAUAUCACCCGCCGAGCCACUUUCGAUGGACCAGACUUACUCUCUGUCGUCUAAAACUUUACCAGUCGGCUUAGCUCAAUACGAAAACUACAUUGACGUCAUCAUUACAAUCAAAGAUGAAGACGAUGCUGAUACAAAAUUCAUCGUAAAAGUGCAGGUAAAAAUGCCCGCAGGAAACGCAGCAGAAAUUUCCGCCAAGUUGGAUGAAGCAACAGCUAAUAUCGAUGUACUUAUAAGUUCUGGGGAUCCAGAUGCAGCGUUGAAUGCGAUUGGUGGAGUCGCUUCUGCUAUGUCAGCUCAAUCAGCCCAACGAGAUUCUGCGCAGAAUGAAGAAGUGAAACCGAGUGAAGAGGAGCAAAAGGAACAGAAAGAGAGGAAAGAAAUGCUUGUUGGAAUACUUACCAAGAUACCUCCUCCCUCAAACCCUGAAGAUGCCUUAAAGAUAACAGGCGCUUUAGAAGCGAUCAACUCUGGACCAAAGACAACGCUCUCAUCUGAUGCAAAGGGUAAAAUGGCUGAAACAAUGUCAAAAUGUGCCGGUGUCCUCCACACUCCAAUGAGUUCCAAGAAACGGGAAACCUUAGCGAAGUCUCUUGUGACCAGCAUUAGUGCUGUAUUAAUUCUUGAUGAUGAUGAUGAUGAUGAUGAUGAUGAACAAAAAUCUUCCGAGGAUUCUACCGAAGAAAAGGGCAAUGACGAGGACGAGAAGGCCAAGCAAAAGACACUUGACGUUACUAGCCUGAUUUUAUCCACUGCUGGUAACUCUUUAGUUACUGGUGAAGAGUUCAAAGUGGAGAGCUCAGAUCUCAGUCUGAAGGCAAAGAAAGAAAGCAUGAAUAACGUGAAGGAGGUUCAAGCUGGUGGAAGUAAAAUCAAGGGUCUUGGCACCGCUGUCGAUAAGAACUCGUCUGAACCAGUUCAGAUGCAGAUGUCCUCUUUUAGUGGCAGUCCCUUUAGUAAAUCAGCCGGGAAGGUUGACAGUGGAGUCACUCAAUUAGAACUCAAAGAUGAAAGUGGAAAUCCUAAGAACAUCUCUAACCUCACCUCUUACAUGGACAUUUUUAUUCCGGCGAAAAAUGGCUUGGCAAAGCUUGAGACACAUACCAUUAAAAUGAGUGAUAUGCUUGUGAUGCAGUUAAACGUGACAAACAACAAGAGUGCGAUAUAUGUGUGGGGCGUCCCUGAGCAUAAUAACACACAGACUGUAGUAUUCUGCAAGAGAGGCUCCAAACCAUCAACAACUGACUACGACUUUCGUCAAGCUAUACCAAAUGAUCUGUUUAGGAACGAGUCAGAGGAGACUGGGACGAGCGAAAAUUCAACUGAUGCUCAGUCUGAUCCCCAGCGUUAUCAAAUGUUCUUAGACAACGAUGAUUUGAACCAAACGGCCAGCGGUGUAUGGUUUAUCGGCUUUUACUACAAUGGAUCUGUUAAAACAAAUGACGAUGAAACGCUCCCUGCGGAAAACAAGCUCAACAUCACUAUAUUCGAAAGUACUUGCAAAUACUACAACACUAUAAAUAAAACAUGGGAUUACCACGGUUGCAAGGCUGGUCCGCAAACGACUCCAACCGAACGUCACUGUCGUUGCAAUCAUCUGACGUCCUUCGCGAGUGACUUUUUCGUGCCACCUAACAAGAUCGACUGGGAUAAAGUGUCUUUAGAAGAGCUGUUCAACAACCCUUUGGUAUUCUCAGUGGUGUGUGGCAUUUUCGGUCUGUAUUUUCUUCUGGUCUUAUGGGCCAGACGAGCGGACAGAAAAGACUUGGAAAAGGUUGGAGUCGCUCCUCUACCAGACAACGACCCACGAGACACCUACAUGUACGAGGUGGUAGUAUACACGGGAUAUUCCAGUCAUGCGGGAACAUCAUCUGAGAUUCGUAUUGUGCUAACUGGUGGUCUAGACGAAACCUCUCCUCGUCGCUUGAAAGACGCGGAGCCCGGUCGAAGAAAGUUUUGCCGCGGAAAUGUCGAUUACUUUUUGUUGAGCGUGCCUCGUUGCUUGGGAAAGCUGAAGACUUUGAGAAUUUGGCAAGACAACACUGGCAACGAUCCGUCCUGGUACCUCCUCAGAAUCAUGGUACAUGAUGUUCAAAGUGAUAUCAAGACUUGGUUUAUUUGCGAUCGAUGGCUAGCCGUGGAGGAAGAUGAUGGAUGCGUUGAGCGCGUACUGACCCCAGCCAGUAAAGAAGAGCUAACCAGCUUCAAUCUGCUCUUCUCCACUGAAGCUCGGAAGAACUUUACAGAUGGCCAUCUGUGGUUCUCCGUCAUCACACGCCCGGCGAAAAGUAAUUUCACCCGAGUACAGCGUCUCUCUUGUUGCUUAUCAAUCUUACUUUGCACUAUGCUUGCUAACGCAAUGUUUUAUCAAGUGGGAACCGAGUCUUCAAGUGGCACAUCUGUUCACAUCGGGCCUUUUAGUUUCUCCAUAAAGCAACUGUCCAUCGGGAUUACCAGCAGCUUGGUCGUACUUCCGGUCAAUGUCUUGAUUGUGACAUUUUUCCGAAAAGCGCGGCCAGCAGAAGCAAAGAAAGGCCUGGACAAAGACCAGGAUCCGAACGGCCAAAGCCCAAAAUAUGAAAUAUCCGGCGAGAAAACAAACCAAAUCAGCAAAGAACCGGAAGCCGCUGAAAAAGAGGACGACGAAAAGAAAAAGGAAAACAAAAAGAAAAAGAAAAAGACUCUUCCACAUUUUUUUGUCUAUAUCUCCUACGUUUUGGUUUUCAUCUCUUGUACAGUCUCAGCCACUUUUACUGUGUUUUACGGGCUGACAUUUGGAAAAGAAAAAUCCGCUGGCUGGUUGUCGUCGAUGAUGAUUUCGUUUUGGCAAGACGUACUCAUUUCACAGCCUCUUAAGGUGUUCGCAGCUGCUAUGUUCUUUGCAGUAGUGAUCAAAGAUCCGAACAAGGCAGAAGAAGAAAAUGAACAAGAAGCUAAUGAACUAAACGCAGACGAAGAAGCGAUUCAUACCAAAUCACAGAACAGCGAGGAGGAGAAAACUCUGCGAAAGAUUGGCUUCGUCGAUAAACCACCCAAUGAAGAAAAACUUGAGUACGCACGUCGACUGAAGGUCAAGCAAAAAGCCAUGAAGGUGAUCAUACGUGAGAUUGUUCAAUACUUCGUUUUCCUGAGCGUGUUGCUUGUUGUGGCUUAUGGUAGUCGAGACCCGAUGGGCUAUCAAGUGACAAGUGCUAUGAGGGACAUGUUUGAGGAAGGGAAAUACUCAGGGCUUGAUGCAUUUGACGAGAUAUCAGAUUAUCGCUCCUACUGGGAAUGGGCUCAGCAAACGCUCAUCCCUACUCUUACGCCACGGUUCUGGUAUGGCCCCAUUGCCAUUGAAGAAAAAGACAUUACGAAUGAAGAGGCUACCAACAGUGACACAAAAAGAACAAAACAUAAAAAGGUUGUGAUGACGACAACAACUGGCAGCAAAUACGAUGUUGGUUCGUCCUCAGUGUUGUUUAGCUACGAGGGCAAGUUUGUCGCUGAUCAUAGCACGGCGUAUCUUAUAGGAACGCCCAGACUUCGCCAACUCAGGAUACAGAAAAACAAAUGCAAAUUACUCCCGACAUUUAACGCGCUGUUCGAUGAAUGUAACUUGGCCUAUGAUUGGGAUUAUGAAGAUAAAGAAUAUUACGAGGAGGGCUGGGUGCCAAUGCCAUCCAAUACAAGCACUGAAGAAAUGGACCCGACCCCAUGGACCUAUCAGACGCAGUGGAAACUAAAAGGAACUCCUUACUGGGGGCAAUUUGCUACUUACCUGGGAGGAGGUUACGUGGCAGACUUUGGAGCCAAGCGGGAUGAAGCCGAAGAGAUAGCUAAAAAACUCUCCUCCUUGAACUGGAUAGACCGACACACCAGGGCAAUCUUUGCAGAAUUCGCGAUUUACAAUGCUCAGACGAACUUCUUCUGUGUAAUUACCCUGCUCUCUGAGAUUCUUCCAUCUGGGGGAUACUACUUGAGCCCUAGAAUUCAAACCAUCCGACUCUACCGCUAUGUAGGACCAGAAAUGGUGUUUGUAAUGGCCUGCGAAUUAGGCUACAUGGCGUUUCUGCUUUACUUCCUCUACAAGCAGGUCAAGAAAUACAGGAGUGAGCGACGAGAGUAUUUUAAAGACCCUUGGAACUAUUCAGAGCUGUUAGUUCUGGGGUUUUCCCUGUCGGCAGUGGGGCUGUAUUUCGCGCGUUUAGCCCUCACCAAAUACAGUCUUCGCAGUAUGCAAGACGAACCAAACAAGUUUGUUAGCUUCCAGUACGUGGCGUUUGUGGAUGAAUGGGUGUCCGCUACAACAGCCAUGGCAGUGUUUUUCUCUGUAUUAAAAUUCCUCCGUCUGCUGAAAUUCAAUCGGCGCGUUUCCACUCUUAUGAUAACCAUCAAACUAGCUAGCAAACCUCUGUCGUCGUUUAUGUUGCUAUUCUUUAUUCUGUUCCUGGCUUUCGCGCAGUUUGCGUUUGUGGUGUUUGGAAUCAAUAAUGAGGACUAUGCGUCAUUCCCAAGAACUUUGGGAAGCAUGAUGUCCUUGACCCUUGGAAGUUUUGACUUUGAUUCCUUGACCAGCUCAAGCCGAAUUCUUGGUCCCAUGUUCUUUUUCUCGUACGUGGUUAUAGUGUUAUUUGUUCUCAUGAACGUGUUCAUUGGCAUCUUGAAUGACGCACUGAGCGAAGUGUCCAACGAUUCGUCCAUACAGUCCAACGAACAUGAAAUUCUCGACUUCAUGUUGCAUACCUUCAAGCGUACCGUUGGUAAACAGGUUGGCCCUGCAAUUAAACCCAACUACAAAGAGCCAAAGAACCAGUUUGAGCUGAACUUGGACAGCAUCGAGGAAAUCUCAGAGAAUGUUCAGUACGCUUUGAGAAACAUCUGCAUGGAGGACAUUAGGCAAACCAACUGGUUUGAACCCGAAAAUACAAACAAGAAGAAACAAAUUGUGAUGAUGCUGGUUUUGGAAACAGACGAAGACUUUACGGAGAACGACAUUUGUGAUAGCAUUCCCGUUCUUGAUGAUUUAAUGGCAAAGCACGAUGAAAGCGAGCUUUUGAGGAAGCUUAUUUACUACCGCGAAGAAAAGAGACUAGAAGAGGAAGCCUCGCAGAACGAGGACGACCAAUCGGGUAAAUCUUCGGAUGACGACGAGGACGAUCAGUCGGAAGACGAUCUCGACUCGGAUGACGACAACGCAAGCGUAGCUAGCGGGGACAGUGAAUCGAGACCCCAGAAGCAGAAAUUGAGAUUCGUUGAGCCAGCCGAUGCAGAAUCUAGGGACGGAAGGGAUCGAGGCUCCGCCCGGUCAGACGCAAGGCUUAAUCUACAAGCCAGUGGCACGUCUGAAGUGUGAGCUUGGACUGAAAACUUUUCGACUUUAUUCAUCUAAGAGUUCAAUUCAAAGCUCAUUUUGCACCUGCGCUCUUCUAACCGCACACUACUACUUAACUUUCACAAAAUGUGACUAUUAAAUAGACUUCUCGAGAGCACGAGUUGAGUAUACAAACUUUAACAUUAACCAAAGACGAAUGGAAAGGACUUGUGAGUUCAGAUAAUUUUUUUUCUGCUAUAUGUGGGCGAGUAGAUCGCUGGACUAAAUUCAUUUUGAAUCUGUGUGAACCAAAUGCCAAGCGAACAGUGAAAUCAUUCGGCAAAACUGAAAGGUGAGAAUUUUUCAAGUGGGCUAUUUUAUUGUCACGAAGAAGUAGCUAAAAGGCGACUGCGCUCGCUGUUUAUAGCAGUGAACUAACUUGUAAAUUUUCACUGUAACUUACGUAGCCCAUUAGAACUCGGCAUUGGUUUUUCCAUGAAAACUCCUAGCGAAGGGUAAAGAACUCUUUAGUUUUUAAAUAUAAAUGGCACAAAUGGCAAACUAUGACCCAUUAAGUGCACUGAACACAUUCUUUUAACCAGUAGACUCCUACUUGUUCAAGGAAAGGAGAAUUCGAUUUGCACCGUUCUGAUUUGUGUCUUCAUAAAUGUAGAUAAAAUAUACACUCACAAAUGGCCUAUCAAAAAGGAAAUGAUUAAAUGCAUGCCUUUGA